AUGGUGGGAUUCUUCAAAAAGCCUGCUGAUGUCCCAGGCUCAGCAGCCCCAGCCAUUAUCAUUGGCGCAUUUGUUGCCUUUGGUGGUGUGCUUUUUGGGUAUGAUACUGGCACAAUCGGAGGUAUCUUGGCCAUGAAAUACUGGCGUAACUUGUUCUCGACUGGCUACAUUAAUCCAAAAGAUGGUCUGAAAGAUGUGGACGCAAAUCAAACCUCCGAAAUCGUCUCAAUUCUCUCUGCUGGCACCUUCUUUGGUGCAUUAUUGAGUGCUCCAGUUGCCGAUAUGAUUGGCCGUCGUUGGGCUAUGAUUUUUCACACCGUGGUAUUCACUUUUGGUGUUAUUCUCCAAACCAUCGCCACCGCGAUCCCUCUUUUCGUUGCUGGCAGAUUCUUUGCUGGGCUGGGUGUCGGUCUCCUGAGUGCAAAUAUACCUCUAUAUCAAUCGGAGACUGCUCCAAAGUGGAUUCGAGGUGCUAUUGUUGGCUGCUACCAAUGGGCCAUUACAAUUGGCUUGCUAAUCGCGGCCAUCGUGCUAAACGCCACGAAGGAUCGAAAUGACACUGGAAGCUACCGUAUUCCGGUUGCUGUACAAUUCGCGUGGGCAAUCAUCCUUGUCGUGGGAAUGCUCAUCCUUCCUGAAACGCCCCGUUACCUCAUCAAAAAGGACCGUCAUGCGGAUGCAGCCAAGUCAUUGUCCCGUCUUCGACGACUCCCUAUCGACCAUCCUGCUCUGGUGGAAGAACUUGCGGAAAUUCAAGCGAACCAUCAAUAUGAAAUGGCACUAGGUACAGCAUCGUAUUUUACUCUCCUCAAGUCUCCAAUUCGGAAGAGACUCUUUACUGGAAUGGCGCUGCAAGCUCUUCAGCAAUUAACAGGUGUCAAUUUCAUCUUUUAUUAUGGAACAACUUACUUUAAAAGUGCAGGGAUCAACAACCCUUUUACGACGAGCGUCAUCACUUGUGUUGUCAAUAUUUGCAGUACCGUCCCUGGCUUGUUUCUCGUGGAGCGAUGGGGCCGACGUCCUCUUUUGAUGUUUGGUGCUAUCGGUAUGAGUAUUUCCCAACUCAUUGUUGCAAGUGUUGGCACGGCCCGACCGGGCGAGCCGGCUGCUAGUAACGCACUGAUCGCAUUUGUUUGUAUUUACAUCUUCUUCUUUGCAUGCAGCUGGGGACCAUGUGCUUGGGUUGUUACUGGCGAGAUCUUCCCGCUCAAGGCAAGAGCUAAGGGAUUGUCGAUCACCACGGCUUCCAACUGGUUGCUCAACUGGGCUAUCGCUUAUGCCACCCCAUAUAUGGUCAAUCCAGGCCCUGGCAAUGCCAAUCUUGGUUCCAAGGUCUUCUUCCUCUGGGGAGGAUUCUGUUGCGUAUGCGUCGCUUUUGUCUACUUCUACAUCUAUGAGACCAAAGGUCUCUCUCUUGAGCAAGUUGAUGAGCUGUAUGCCAAGGUAUCGCACGCUCGUAAUUCACCAGGUUUCGUACCUACCGUCAACUUCGUGGAUGUGAAGACGGAAGUCAGUUCUGGAGGGGCUCGAAGAGCUACCCUGGCCGAGCUGGAACAAUCUGCCGUCCGCCGCAAGAGCUCUGCUGGUGUUCAUCACGAAUACUCCGAGAAGUUGUGA